CUCGAGCUCUUUCUCGCCCCCGCUCCUAUACCUACACUGCUCUUUCUUGAUUGGUUGUUCCUCUCCCCCCCACCACCCCCGCCCACCUCGUGCGGGGCCCCCUCAAAGGAAUGUGUCGCUCUAUCAGCGGCGACGAAUCAUUGGUCGGCCUGGAACUAGGGUCCGAUGUUCGGGAGUCUGGCCAAGACCAGCCCUAGCUGGGAGCAUGUCGGCCGAACGAGGAUCCUGGAGCAGCCUGACGACUCUGCAGAAGGUGGCCUUGGCCCUCGGGAUCCCCGCCAGCGGCGCCAUCCUCUACAUACUUUACCGCCGCUACCGGGAGAGCCAAGAUGAGCGGCUGACAUUUGUGGGAGAAGAGGAGAUGGAAAUAGAGGUGAAGGUCCCGAAGGAUGCUGUGAGGCUUCUCAUUGGCCGCCACGGAGCCACCAUCAAGCAGCUGAGAAGGGACACCCACGCCCGGAUCGAAGUCGACCUCGAGGAUUCCCACGAGGAACGCCUCCUCCGCAUCUACGGCUCCCCCGUCCAGGUGUGCAAAGCCAAGGCCGCCAUCCACCAGAUCAUCGCGGAGAACUUGCCGGUGACGGAGCAGAUCCGCGUGCCCCAGCGUGCUGUCGGGCGGAUCAUCGGCCGGGGCGGAGAGACAGUGCGAUCCAUCUGCCGUAACACAGGGGCGACCGUGGACUGCAGCCGGGACGAGGAAGGACCCCUCUCACUCAUGAGGCUGAUCACCAUCUCGGGGACCCACAAGCAAGUGAAAGCUGCCAAGCAACUGAUCACAGAGAAACUCUCGGAGGACGAAGCUUUCCAGAAGAAGCUGGCCCAGUCGGCCCUUGGGCGGAGUCAGCGCAAGCAUCCCUUGGGCACGCGGAAGGAGGAGGCCGCCAAGCAGCCGGAGCGGCCGCCGUGGCUCAACGGAGAGGCCUCGGGGAGGCCGCCAAGCCCGUGUCGGGAUGGAGCUGGGGGGAAACUCCCGGAUUAUUCCCCGGAUGAACCGCAGGAGCUGAGGAGCGGAGAGGGCUCCCCUGAAGAGUCGCUUUCGGGAGCCUCCUGGCCGAGCUCGGCGUUUGAACUCCCCAGCCCCGAUUUCAGCUUCCACGCCAACGAGUACUUGGAGGUCUUCGUCUCGGCCACCGAGAACCCCAACCACUUCUGGAUCCAGAUCAUCGGCUCCCGCACCCUCCAGCUGGACAAGCUCACCUGCGAGAUGACCCAGUACUACGGAAGUGGCAGCUGUUUGUCUGACCUCCCCAGCGUGCACGUGGGCGACAUUGUGGCUGCCCCCUACCCAGAAGACUGCAGCUGGUACCGGGCCACCAUCCUCGGCCCUCUGGAGAACGGAAACCUGGAUCUCUACUACGUGGACUUCGGGGACAACGGGGCGAUGCCGCUGGAGAAGCUGCGGCCCUUACGGAGUGACUUCCUGAGCCUCCCCUUCCAAGCCAUCCAGUGCAGUCUUGCUGGCAUCGCUCCGGCCGGAGGCCAUUGGGAAGAAGCAGCACUGGACGAAUUUGAGCGCCUCACCCACUGCGCCAGGUGGAAGCCAAUUGUGGCCAAGAUCUCAAGCUAUGUGCCUUCCGGAAGCAGCACCUGGCCUCACAUCCAGCUGUACAAUACCACCACCAGUGGACAGAAUGUUAACAUUGGCGAGGAGUUGGUGCGCUUGGGCUAUGCGGUCUGGUGUCCGCAGGACGAAGUCGGCGCCAUGGGAGACGGACCCUGUCAGGCUGAAAAGGGGGCUGUGUCGGGCACCCUCCCCCAAACCCUGGGAAACACGGUGGGGGCGUCGCUGGAGAGCCUCCUCUCCGAUCCGCAAAAAACUCCCGACGAGCUGCCUCUCACUCUGUCCUGCGUCAGCCUUUCAGGUGAGCCCAUUGAACAGUUCCGGAACAAGACGGCACCGCCCACGCCAGGAUCCUCCCCAGAGGGCCUCGCGCCCUCCCUCGACUCCUUGCAGCUCUCCUCCUUGGGGCCCUCCUGCCCCUCUGAGAAUCCCUCCUCGCUGGCUGACCAGGAAACAGGAAGCACCAAAGGGCCCUCCAGGCAGGAGCUCUGUGUGGAAAUGCCAGCACAAGCGGAGGUCCUGCUAGAAUCCUUGCCCGAUGCCAGGGCGUUUGGGAUGGAAGCCAGCCAAACGUCCAGCCCUGCUGCUCACGUCCGUCCCGGAGAGACACCCUCCCCGCUUUUACCUUUGAGCCGAGGUUCCUCAGGCAAGGAUCUGUCCCUCAGCGAGGCCGACAGCAGCACAUAUUCUCCCCGGGGCUGCUUCUACUACCUCUCCAUGUCUGAGGACCAGUGGGACUUCUCGGACUUCUGCAGAGGAUCACCCUCCCUUGACGCAUCCCACCAGGAUGGGUCGCCGCCCCCUGUUUUGUCUGGCCCCGCCUCCAGUGUCUGCUCCACUUCCAACAGCCGAGAAACAGAUGAGCUUGCCGGGGAGGAAGAAGCUGCCUCGGUCUCCGAAAGCGGUGACAUCUUUUUGUUCGAAGACGGCUCCUUGACUCCUUGAGCGGAAGGGAUUGUGCCUAUCUGCCUGGAUUGAGUGAGCUGCGAUCAGUCAGUGAGUUAGCUCUUGUUUCGGCCCGGCCUAUUGAAGGUGGCACUGGGGGACAUCCUGGCUUCAUGACCGGAAAUCCCGGCUUUGAAAGACAGCCGUGGGACCCGGGACAUCUGCCUGCCGCGGAGUGGACGGAGCUUUGGGGAGGCUGGGGUUGCUUGUGGAACAUCACCGGCUGACACUGAUUGGUUACCUUGAUCCAGCUGAGCACAGCAUCGUGUCCCUUGGAUGUCCGAGUUGCAUUUGGGUAACCAGAAACCACGGGGGCGGGGGGAGGAUGGAUUGGAUUCUGUUGGGCAAAGGUGCACAGUUGAGAGUGCGUUCUUGCCUGCCUUCUGACGUGGGGACUAACCCAAGUGCUAAACAAGACCGAAUGUAUACAAGGCUGUUGAAUGUUGUUGCAAAUUCACCGCUAGGCCUGUUUGUCAUAUGUCAAUGUUUUGUUUUGUUUUCCUGUGUUGGGUGGCGAUUUGAGAAUUGGGACCUGCAUUGAUUCCUCCCCCCCACCUCUUUAAGCCAAUCUUUGAUCUACUGCAGGAUACACUACAGAAUGCAUAAUCCACUGCAGAAUAGUGGAUUGUGCCACUAUAGAUGGCGGGGGUGAGCGCCUGCCUAGAUGCUCUCUUCUCUCCCAUCCAAAAUUACACUUUCCAUGUAUAUUGGGGAGAGAGGAGAAUGUUUAGCUUCACGAUUCCCCGAUGAGAAUAACAGAUGAGAGUGCAAAGGGUGUCUGCAUGUUGGGAACAGGCAGACACUCAAACCCCCACCCCCACCUUCAUUCUCCAAUGGUACAGUCUGUCACCCUUUGGGCUGGAGUCGUAGAUUAGCUAUAAGAUGCCUUAUUUGCCCCAGCAGCAUGCUUUAAAAAAAAUGCGAUGAUUGGUGGGUUGUAAUUGGGACCACGAACCCACCCUUACCUGUGACAUCACAUUAAUGUGGGUGGAUCCCAAGGGGGUAUAUUAUGAUGUCAUUCUAAGGGCAGGUCCAUCAGGUGGGCACCCCUUUGCCGUUCUUCAAGUUGUAUCCCAGUUUGAACAACGUGGCAGCGUUUGCAUCCUGUCGUCUGUUGUGGGGACAAGGCAGGCAAGUUGCAGGCGGCGUGUUGUCAGAAGUGUCUCUGCUGCCCCUUCCGUACCCAAACGAAGUGCGAUGUAUUGAAUUUUGCAAAGUACAUGACGUACUCUGGGUUCUCAUUUUCCUCUUUAUUUAAUAAAGACUUGUGUUUUGAAUUCUG